AUGUUUAAAGAAGCUCUUCUAGAAUUCCCAAAUGCUUCGAAAUCUUUGCCCUCGGUGGUUUGCCUGUCUCUUGCUUACAAUUCGAGGCCAAAAAUUUCUUUGCAGUGCAAAGACUGCAAUUUGGUUUUCAGGUCUCAAAAAGACCUGUGCAUGCAUAGAUAUAGAAAUUUCCCAUAGAUGGCGCAGUUUGCCCUUGAUAUUCCCACUGGGAAAAUUUUUUGGUUCGACCAGUACCAUAUGGUUUGGUCAAACCAAAAAAUUUUCCCAGUGGGAACAUCAAGGGCAAACUGCGCCAUCUAUGGGAAAAUUCUAUACUUUACACCUCAAAACGAACACUUAAAACCUCAGCGCAAGUUAAAUGCAGAUCAGGCUGCGACAAACGAUAGCUCUUCGCUUGAGCCAUUUUUCUGCGAAGAGUGCAAAAUAGCAUUCAAAUCGCGAAAAGGAAAAAUGCAGCAUCUUGGAAAGAUCCAUAAGACCAAGUAUAAACAUUCUAGAUGCCAGAUUUGCAAUAAAAAAUUCAGAAAUAAAUAUGCAGUGAGAUUUCAUGUCAAACAAGUUCACGAAAAAUCGACAAGGGUUAAAUGUAUGGUGUGCGAAAAAGAAUUUUAUAACAAAUAUCUGCUCGUUGACCACAUGGAAAAGUGCCAGAUAUAG